GUGACAACAGUCAAUUUGAUCGAUAAUUUUUGUUUGUUCUUUCACAUGCUCCCUUUACUGUCCACAUUUGUCCAUCCUUAUUCACUCUUUGGUGACAGGAUACAUUGAAGCCAUGAAGUUCUUGUCCAUUGCGUUGGCGCUUUCGUUGGUGGUGGCGGAUGAAGAACUCGAGAAAAGACAUGCAAUUCUGAGCUUCUUUCCAGCUCGAGGACCCCAGACCCCGCAGGAUGUGGGCUGCGCACAGGAUCUGUCUCGCAGCUAUUUCGACGAGUACAAUCAGUCCAGUUUGGACGCCUGCAAGACCUUUUGCAUUUACAAUGUGAACUGCACUGGCAUCGAGUAUGCGGUCCCCUCAGUUGCUGAAGUCGGUGGCCGGUGCCGCGUUUGGAAGAAACCCCAAGGAUUGGAGGUCACGGUGGACCUCAUUGGUUUCAGUUGCUGGAAGUACAACCACACGAUUUCAGCUGGACACUAUUGCAGCAGAUGGGUCCGCGUUGGGACAUGCCAACGGCUGCACGGAGAUUGCUACAAAUGCCUCCAAGAGUCGCCCCUUAAUUAAGCCAUUUUUGUGGAUGCUACAAAUGUGCACAUUUUGGCCGAUUUGGACGCUGGAUUGGUCGCUAGGGACCCUGGUAAAGAUCCUCAGGGUUGCUAGCGGCGGCGCCGAAUUCAAGCGAGGAUUGCUCUGUAAAAAGAUCACCGUCGCCCCAAACCGCGCCAAACGAUGUGUCACGGAGUGGAGCAGAGUGGUAACGGCAACCUUCUCAACAUGAGAAGGGCGGUGACAGGGACUGCGUCGGUCGACCACGGUCUGCCGCUGGUCGGAGACCAAAUGA